AUGUCACAAUCUGCAAAUAAUAUUGAAGAAUUGGAGACUGAAAACACUAGUUUUCAAUUUACUAAUGCUGCGGAAACUGCUAAUGCACAAAGUAAUAAUACUGAAAAUGAGACAGUACUAGACACAACCAUGACAAAUGAUGAUGAUGCGUGCAAAAAUGCACCAUCCACCGUAAUGUCAACUGAAUGUCGUAGUUAUGAAGAAAAAAACAUAGCUGACGGUUUAGGCAACAAUUUAGAAGAAUCUAAUGAAAGUACUUCUAAUAAAUCUCCUCAGAUAGAACAAAGGACCAUAAAUUUGGAAAAAGAAAGAGUUGAAGAUCAAAUGUUGUUUGUAUUGAAGUCACCAGUACCCCUAGACACUACAUAUGACCUACAAACAGUAGCAGAACCAAGUCGAAAAGAAGGUUCUACCAAGUCACCAACAGCUUUGCCCAAUGCUGGACAGGAGCAAAACUCUGCUAAUUUGAAUGUGCUAUCACCGAUAGUGGAAGUCAUUAAUGAAUGUUUGAACCCAAGUACUAACACAAAUAAUUUAUCUGCUCCUCAAAAUAACACUUUACAGCAGAAUGAAUCAAGUAAUGCUGGAACUUCAGGGCCUCCUUCCGUUAUUUCAGUACCAGAUAAUCAUUUGUUAGAGAGAACUUUGAAUUCAUUUUCACCUCAAUCUACUUCAACUCCAAUGUUUAUACCUAUUUGGUCAAGUACUAAUCAGAAUACAAUUAAUAUUGGUUCCACGAAUACGAUGAAUUUUUAA